AUGCAAAGGAACAAAUAUGUUUUAAACUUAUUCUACGCCCACGCAUCCAAAUCGUCGUACACGUCCAUUUUCUUCUCUGUCGCUUGUUUAAAGGUCUUCAGUUCUUUCUUUCUCUCUCUAUCUCUUGCUUUUCUCUCUAUCUCUAGAUCUCUCUCUCACUCUCUGACUCUCUCUCUCUGUUUGUCACCUUUCUCUCUCUCUCUCUCUCUCUCUCUAUCUCACACUCACUCAAACUCUGUUGCUUUUCUUUCUGUCACUAGUACACACUCUCUCACACACACUUUCUGUAGUUCUUUCUCUGAUUGUCUCUCUCUCCCUCACACCUUUCUAACGGUCUCUCUCUCUCUCUCUCUCUCUCUCUCUCUCUCUAUCUAUCUAUCUAUCUAUCUCAGUUUAUUCCUAUCUAUCUAUCAUCUAUCUAUCUAUCUAUCUAUCUAUCUAUCUAUCACUCACUCACUCUCUCGCUUUUCGGUUUUUCGCUCUCUCUCUCUAUCUCUCUCUCUAUCUCUCUCUCUCUAUCUAUCUAUCUAUCUAUCUAUCUAUCGUAAUCUUUUCACAUCUAUAUAUCGCAAUCUUUUCACAUCUAUCUAUCUAUCUAUCUAUCUACCUCAGUCUGUUCGUAUCUAUCUAUCUAUCUAUCUAAUUCUGUUCAUUUUUUUAUCUAUCUAUCUAUCUAUCUAUCUAUCUAUCUAUCUAUCUAUCUAUCUAUCUCUUGCCUUUCUAAAAGAGUCCAGCUCAAUUAUCUGUCUUGAAAUAACGUGCAAAAAUGUGGAAAAGCCUUGA